AUGGACCCUUCAAAGGCGGCCUCGAGCAAUGUGACCGUUGAAUAUACGGACCCAUCUGGGCUAUUCCCCCUGAUCCAACCCGCCAUCGAGUCGAAGCUCCCCCUGAAGAACCUGCAUUGGAAGUCGCCCACUCGCCCCGUUCGUUCGAUCGAGUCCCUCCGUAUUGGCUUCACGCCUGCGCCGGCCGAUGCCACCGAGCGCAAGUCCUCUAGCGAUGGCACUGCUACUGUGCCACACCGACGACACCAAAUUCCCGGUUUGCGCCAAACGCCAUACUUGAAAAUCUACCUCCUCCGCUGCGACGACAACGAUACAUACAAGGCGACAGCAAGGAAAACCCUCAGGGAAUGGAUCAAGGCUCAAGGCUCAUCAGGCUCGACGCAAGCGACCGGCAGCAGUCAGGAGAAGCACGAUGCGUUUGAGUGGCUGAUUCUGCAUGUGGUUCAGGAUGGUGAUGGCACAGAGAAGACCCCCACGUCUACCUCUAAAUGGGGCCGAAGCACCACUACGGUCUUGGAGAAGGUCAAGGCUGACUUCAAUGGGACUUCCAAGACGGCUGUUGAUCGUGUGGCACAACUAAGGAUCCCGAAGGAAGGGACUACGGCCAAAUCUCCUGAGCUCGCCGAGCAGCUAGAAGAUUUGAUUGACAAGGUCAAGAACGGAAUUCUGGCUUCAUUCGACCAGCGCGUAGCUCAGUACGAGGAGGAUAUCAAGGAGAAGGACUCACAGCGAAGUCUCCCUGGGUGGAACUUCUGUACUUUUUUCAUUCUGAAGGAGGGGCUUGCGCGAGGGUUUGAGAAUGUCGGGCUUUUUGAAGAUGCGCUGCUUGGCUAUGACGAGCUAUCGUUUGGACUUGAUGCGGCCAUUCGCGACCAAUUACAUGGGAAUAGCGAGCAGCACGGCACCACCCUCCUCGACUCCAGCAAAAAAUGGGUGGAAACGGCACGGAAAACACUCGAGUCUGGUUCAUCAGCAAACGACAGCGAUCAGAAUGAUCAAGGUCCAAGUCUAGAGAUCGAUCCAGAGGAUUUCCCACUCAGUGCAACCAAGUUACCCUAUCGAGAGAUGAUUCUGGCCAGCGAUAUCUCCAUUUUCGAUUUCCGCACUUACGUCUUCUCCCGACAACUCACCCUUCUUCUCCGAGCGGCCAGAGCUCCCUCUGUCGUUGCGAACGAGCCUGCAAAACGUGACAGGAAACCAGAAGAUUUGAUCCUACUUUCAGAAAUCUGCGCAAGGUCUUUGGAGUUUAUCAGUCUUGCAGCUCGUAACCUUCGGUACGGUCUUGAAUGUGGCCUGGAGGAUGUGGAAAACGACACCAAAGCAGACGUUAUCAAUAAUCUUGUAUCUUCCUGGGCAUACUCGGCAGCCCUGCAAAUCCUCAACCAAACCUUCACUCCCGACCUGGCCCUUCCCGAGUCGUCAUUGCAUGCUGUGACGCAAGCUCGCGAACCCGCAAACCCCACUGUGUGGAUAAAUGAGAACCGCUCAGAGAUUCCACGCCGGUCAAGUUCAUUGAUAGCUUCAACAGCAUCUCGACCUAUUCGUCCGAUGACGCAGGAUCUCUCUGAUACUCCUGCUGGGACACUUCAGCGGCGUUCAACUUUGGACCACCCCAAACCCGCACCCGGCUCGUUGCAAAAGACUGGCUCUGAGCAAUUGGCCUCAGCCAGGGGAGAGCUGCUUCUACUGGCUCGGCGAUCCCUUGAAGAAAUCGCUCGACGACGGGGCUGGUCUGAAAAGUGGAAUGACCUUGGUCUACUAUUUGAUGACAGCCACCGCGCUGGAGCAGGCGGCCUGAGCGAUGUUUCGCUCGAGGAUAAUGAUGCGUCACACAAGGAGACUUCAUCUGAGGCAAAGUACACCUCCCUGGUUGGGAUUGAGCUUGCUAUUCUGAAGGCUGCGCUGCGAUCGAGAGAGACCUAUUUGUCACUAUAUGAAGAUUUUACCGACCAUAUCAUCCGUCAUUAUAUGGUCGCGAACCGUGCCAACUCCGCAGAGACGGCUCUCGCAGAUAUUGCCAUUCUACGAUACCGACAGGGUGACUACGAAGCUGCUGCUUCCUAUUUCCAUCAGAUGGCACCAUUCUAUGGAAGCAAGCUCUGGGUAGUCCUAGAAGGAAGUAUGCUGGAACUGUAUGCCCGGUGCCUCAAGGAACUCAAGAGAAAUGAAGAUUUUGUCCGCGUGAUGCUUCGCCUGCUGGCCAAAUUUGCCGCAUACGCGCAGGCAAAGCUGUCGGUUAGGGAGCGAGCAUUGUCUACUCCCCCGUCCAUCUUGCAAUUGGAACAGCUGGCUGGAUACGUUACCGAUCUGUUUAGCGGAGCGUCAGCCAUGCAAAAAGAUGUCACGGCAUCGUUGGUCGAAUUCUUUGCGGAUCUCCGUGUCGAUCCAGCUAUUCAACUAUACGAGGACAAAGAUGGAUUCCAAAUCAAGCUUUCCCUUCGAUUCCUUUUGGGCCCUAAGAUCAACAUUGACUCUAUCAAGGUGCGGCUGGUCAGCGAAACUAGUUCCCAAAACGCGGAGCACUGGAUCGAGGCUUCAACCAAUUUCGUGGUCAAGUCGUCGAUGACUACAAUUCUCAUUGACUCUUCGACUACACUGCAUGGCAAAUAUUUCGUUGAUCGCCUAGAAAUGAAGUCUGGCAAUAUCACCUUCUCAUUCAAUAACGGGAACAAUUCGGCUCUGCCAAUUGGUUUCCGUGAAUCGGACGAGGACGAAGAGACUGAUCGUCGACCAUAUAUCUACUGUUACCCCCCACCGCAGGGAUUGCAGGCAAAGGUGGUCUCACCGCACUUGAUUAACUUGGAAGCUAUGCGCACGGUGGAGCUGGAACUCAACAGCGGACGGAAUGAUAUCAAGGCCGGCAUAAUUCGCGUACGGCCGGCUACGGCAGGGCUCCGACUUCGAAUCUCCGAAGUUGAGGUUGUGGAGGGCCGGAUCGAUGUCACCCCCAAUAUUGACGCUGGUACGAUCGAAUUUACCCAGCUCCCACCACAAAGGUUUGUGCGACUGCGUAUCCCUUACACGGUAGAAGAAACCUUCACAACUCUGUCCGCGCGGGCCGAGAUCAGUUAUGAAACUGAUCGGGGGAAAUUUGCCUUUUCGACUGCACACAACAUUGUGGCCACGCUGCCCAUAUCGGUCAACGUGCAGGACAUUUUCAAGGAUGAGUUGCUGUUCUCACGUUUCACAAUCAGCCCCGCCAUGUUGAUCCCACUGCGCAUAACGAAUUGCAGUCUGCCCAGCUCCGAUGUGUAUGACGUGCAAACCAGCAUUACCGGCCCCGUGGCGAUGGAUGUCUUCCCAAAACAGCCUGCAUCUUUGCUCUACAAGAUCCGUCCGGGCGGGUUGAACAGUGCCACUGCUGGCCCAGAAACACCCCGCAGUCUACGUCUCCGCGUGGACUUUACCUGCGUGGAUGAUGAGUGCCUCGACGCGGUUGAGAAGCUCUUCCACUCUGCUAUCCAGUCCAGCCCAUUCAGUCAGUAUGCGACUCUCCUUACGUCGCACAUUGUCAGUAGCUUCCGCGCUCAACUAUCGACCUCUGACAUAGAGGUCAUUGGUCUCGUACGGGAGGUCGAGAUGCUCCCAUAUCGGAGUGUUCACUGGGAAGAAUUGUUGGGUGCGCUUAAGGAACGCACGGAAGAUGUGAGACAGUGGCUCACGUCAUGGCAUGAGAGCAACCCAAUCAUUCGUCUCCCCGAGCAGGCCUCCAUCCCCACCCGCAGUAUCAUCAUUCCAGUCGAUAUCCCCGAAAUCCAAGUGGUGCACACGGCCGAGCUGCACCUCCAGCCCAAGGCUGCAAGCGCCAACACAGACCCCUCAUCCUCCCACGCGGCCGUGGGCCAGAUGAUCGCGGCAGAGCUUUGUAUCCGCCACACUCGACGAUGGUGCCCCUCCAAGAACCAAGCCUACGCAGAUCAGCCACUGGAAUGCUCGUACGAGUUACAUGCCAACACAGAGUUAUGGCUGCUGGGCGGCCGACGACGCGCCAACUUCCUGGCUCGCGAUGGCGAGACCAUUCGUUUCACGGUGUUGCUUCUCCCCCAGAAGCCCGGCCACUUGCUCCUCCCGGGCUUGGAGGUGCGCACCUUCGCCCCAACCCAGCCACAGCCCCCGAUGUCCCCCCCAGCGACGGAUGUUGCAGCCGGGGGUCCUGCGGUCCCCAUCCAACGCCAGCCGAUUGCUUGCGAGGUGGAUUAUCGAAAUCAUGGCGAGACGGUGCUCGUGCUGCCGGAUUUGCGAAAGACUACAGUCAGUCUGAGUGCGUCGGGUAGUCCGGGGGGAUCGUCGUGGCUGGUGGACUCUGAACGACGCGCGGAGGUUCAUUGA